GCCCGGAGAAUGUAUCCAUUGAGACGCUCGCUGUUUGUAUCCAUUGAGGAGCUGCCUCGCGCUGGGGGUGUGCGAGGGCUGAAUCCCCGCGAGCGUGAGCAAAUCGGGGCUUGAAAUAAUCGGCGGAGAAAGACGCUUGGGUGGAUUUCAGGUGCAGCCUCCGAGGGAGGGAUUAGCAGCCGCUGGACUUUUUCUUCCUCCCCUCUCGGUAGCACGGGAGUCCGAGUUCAUUGGAUUUCAUUCACCGGGGAGGAACAAAAACUGUCCGAGCAGCUUCAUUCAGAGACAUUCAUUGACACCCAGAGCUGAGAGCGCACGGCUGCAGCCCGCUGCAGACAGAGGGAUCCGCCGGCUUCGCUCUCCGCCUUCCCCACAGGUGCAUCCCGGGUCUGGGCAAGGCCAGGUGGAAUUAAAAGCCCGCUCCGGGAACGGCGGCUUCUCGCGGCGCCGCUCGGCCGAUGCCCGCCCGGAGGGGCGUCUGGUAAGGCGACCGUCGCGCGCCCUCUCUCGCAGCUCGCCCCCCAUGAUAGAUACGCUCAGACCCGUGCCCUUCGCGUCGGACAUGGCGAUCAGCAAGACCGUGGCGUGGCUCAACGAGCAGCUGGAGCUGGGCAACGAGCGGCUGCUGCUGAUGGACUGCCGGCCGCAGGAACUGUACGAGUCGUCGCACAUCGAGUCGGCCAUCAACGUGGCCAUCCCGGGCAUCAUGCUGCGGCGCCUGCAGAAGGGUAACCUGCCCGUGCGCGCGCUCUUCACGCGCGGCGAGGACCGGGACCGCUUCACCCGGCGCUGCGGCACCGACACGGUGGUGCUCUACGACGAGAGCAGCAGCGAUUGGAAUGAGAACACGGGCGGCGAGUCGGUGCUGGGACUGCUGCUCAAAAAGCUCAAGGACGAGGGCUGCCGUGCCUUCUACCUGGAAGGUGGCUUCAGUAAGUUCCAAGCCGAGUUCGCCCUGCACUGUGAGACCAACCUAGACGGGUCCUGUAGCAGCAGCUCUCCGCCCUUGCCCGUGCUGGGGCUCGGCGGCCUGCGGAUCAGCUCCGACUCCUCCUCGGACAUUGAGUCUGACCUUGACCGAGACCCCAACAGUGCCACGGACUCGGACGGCAGCCCGCUGUCCAACAGCCAGCCUUCUUUCCCCGUGGAGAUCUUGCCCUUCCUCUACUUAGGCUGUGCCAAGGACUCCACCAACCUGGACGUGUUGGAGGAGUUUGGCAUCAAAUACAUCCUAAACGUCACCCCCAACUUGCCGAAUCUCUUCGAGAAUGCAGGAGAGUUUAAAUACAAGCAGAUCCCCAUCUCGGAUCACUGGAGCCAAAACCUGUCCCAGUUUUUCCCCGAGGCCAUUUCUUUCAUAGAGGAAGCCCGAGGCAAAAACUGUGGCGUUCUGGUGCAUUGCUUGGCUGGCAUCAGCCGCUCGGUCACCGUGACUGUAGCUUAUCUCAUGCAGAAACUCAACCUGUCCAUGAAUGCUGCUUAUGACAUAGUCAAGAUGAAGAAGUCCAACAUCUCCCCCAACUUCAACUUCAUGGGCCAGCUUCUGGACUUCGAGAGGACGCUGGGACUCAGCAGCCCCUGUGACAACCGGGUUCCCUCCCAGCAGCUCUACUUCACCACCCCCUCCAACCAGAACGUCUACCAGGUGGACUCCCUGCAAUCCACGUGAAAAGUCCUUCGCUCCUCCUUGCUGGGAUGUGUCUCUUCCUGCAGCAGUUUCUCUUGGCAGCACCCAUGGGGCUGUUUUCUUUGUCCCUGGCCCCUGGUGUCAACACGACAUUAGCUGUCUGUAUUAGACAAGGUUACCAAGUGUGGAAUUGGUUAUUACAAAGGGAGAGAUUUGCUUUAUUCUCCUGGAGAGAACAGGACAUGCUGGAUAGACACAGGCAGUAGGUUCGCUCUGCACUCAAGUGUACAGCCUCUACCCAUCCAUGCAGGGACUGGAAACUGAGGACUUCCAGCUAGCCUAGGGUAGGACCAAGUGGUUAGGGUAGGAGGAGCAUGUGUUCUUUUGGGCCUUGUAUGACUGUUUCCUUUUGCAUCUGGAACUGACUCUAUAUUGUCUUCAGUGAAGACUGAUUCAAUUUUGCAUAUAGAGGAGCCAAAGAGAGGUUUCAGCUCUGUAUUUGUAGUAUCGGUUUGCAAAAAAAUAAUAAUAAUAAAUUGUACCUGAGACUUCAUUUGAUUACUGUAAAUAUUUGAUCUUCAGUCACUUGACAGUGUUUGUUUGAAUUGUGUUUGUUUUUUCCUUUGAUGGGGUUAAAAGAAAUCAUCCAAAGGGAGAAAGAGCAGUGUGACCACUUUUUAAAAGAGAAAACAAAGGAAUCGUUUGCUCUUUUCUGAUCCAAAGGAUAUGUUGGUAGCAUGCUUCACUCCAGCAAUUCUCAAAUGACAUUUUCAUGGACACUUAAUUGCUGAGACCUUGUGAUGGUGCCGUCUCCAAUCUUCUUUUCUAUUAUCCUUGUGGUAAUUUUAUUUCCCGUCCUAAUGUAGGUUGACUAUGCCUUACCUUUGUAAAUAUUUUGGCUUGUGUUGUCUAAAAGGGGGAGAUCUUUGAAAGACACCAAAAUCAUGGGCUCACUUUUUUAAUUUUAACUUCAGCUGUGCUAAACAGUAUAUUACCUCUGUACAAAUUCUUCAGGGAGUGUCACCUCAAAUGCAAUAUUUUGGGUUGGUUUAUUUCCUUUUUGAAAACAAUUUGUAUAAAAAACUGGAAGAGUGUGUGUGAGCAUGGUACCCAUUUGAAAGGUGAAGUGUAUCUGAUCGUGAAGAAGGGACUGUUAAGUCGCUCCAUUAUGUUCAUGGUGUAAAGUUUUGAGCUGAAAUUUAUUAUAAGAAUGUAAAACCUUAAAUUAUUAAUAAAUAACUAUUUUGGCUAUUGAA